AUGAAGAACACUCUAGAUAAUGGUCAAGGAUCUCGGAUACAACUCUGUUGUGAAAGAAGUGGUCAUCACACUAUUCAUCGAGGGAAGAACUAUGUGCCAAAGACUACCAUAACAAAAAAGAGAAAGUGUGGCACCAUCAAAUGUAACUGUCCAUUUCGCCUAAAUGGAAGUUGCAAUAAGUAUGGGAUAUGGAAGCUUAGAGUUGGAUGUGGUUACCAUAAUCACCAGCUUCCAACCACAUUGGUAGGACACGGUUAUGCUGGAAGGUUGGAGGAAAAAGAAAAGAUGGAAGUCCAAAAAUUGACAGAAAGUGGGUGUCGACCUCGGGAAAUUCUUACUACUCUCAAAAAAGAUAACCCUAAGAAUUGUUCCACCAUGAGAACCAUCUAUAAUGAAAGGCGCAAGCUGAAAAUGUAUGCAAUGCAAGGUAGAUCUAUGAUACAACACUUCUUUAAGUUAGCACAAGAACACCAUUACACGGUUGAGAAUAAGUAUGAUCCCAUGACAAAGAAGGUUACUGAUCUCUUUUUUUCUCAUCCGGUUUCGGUGAAGUUGGCACAAUGUUUUCAUGAAUUUCUUCUAUUGGAUUGCACCUAUAAAACCAACAUAUAUAAGUUACUGUUGUUCCAUGUUGUAUCUCACACGUCGACGGGAGCAACAUUCACUGUUGCGGUAGCUUUCAUGAGUCGAGAAAAAGAAGCAAACUACAUAUGGGCUCUAGAAUGUAUCAAGCGACUCUAUAGAAAAAAUGAAAUUCCAUCGGUUUUCGUUACAGAUUGUGAAGUUGGUUUAAUUAGUGCAAUUCAUCACGUGUUUCCCAAAUCAUCUCAUCUACUUUGCGCAUGGCAUAUCGGGAAGAACGUGUAUGCUCACGGUAAAUGUUACUUCAAACUCAAACCUGCAACUGCAACUGCCAAUGACAAAGACAGACCAAAGAAGAUUGAUACUGUCAUACCCCGAAAAAAAGAGAAGGGGAAACAAAAGGAAAAGCAGGAUGAGAAAAAAAAGGAACUCAAAAAAUGGUAUGAGGCAUGGAAGGAUGUUGUCACGUCGCCAUCUGAAGAUGAAUAUAAGAAAAAUUUAAAUAAAUUUGUCUCCACUUGGGAACCGAAAUGCAAAGAUGUUGUGAGAUAUGUUAUCAAAACUUGGUUGGAUCCAUAUAAAGAGAAGUUUGUUUCGGCUUGGACCGAUAAAAUUAAACAUUUUAACAACAUCGCCACAAGCAGAGUUGAGAGUGCACACGCCAAGUUGAAAUUAUACUUGGGUAACUCACGAGGUAACUUUUUUAAUUGUUUUCUUCGUGCUCAUUGUUCUUACGAAAAUGAGCAUGUUCAUGUUGAGGCCGAGUUCGAGAGAAGCAAAACUAGGCAAAUGCAUGAUCACAGACUCGAAAAUUUAUUUCAAGGAAUCCUCAAUUUUGUGUCAAUUAAAGCUUUGAAGAUUUUAUAUGAUGAGAUACAUAAGAAUGUUGACGUCGGGUCGAUGAAUGUGACAUGCAAUUGUUUGGCUCGUACGGUUAAUGGUCUUCCAUGUGCAUGUGAAAUAGGUGCAUUGAAGAGACAAGGUAAGGUCAUACCGCUCAAUAUUAUUGAUCCGUUUUGGAGGAAAUUGAGUAGUUCACCUCCAUCUCCAAGCCGGAUUAAUCUACCAUUUGAAGAAACACCAGAGUUUUUUGCGAUUCGAGAUACAUGGGAACGAGCGACAGAAAAUGAACAGAAGUAUCCCAAGUGCAUCGAGGGAAGAAGUCCAAGAAGAAACUAA